GAAACAGGAAGCGAUCUUUGGCUGAUGUGGACAAAUUAACGGGUGAAAUAAUCUCCCUCUAAGUAACUAGUGACAGUCGAGCAAGCCGGUGUCAAAGAAAUACAUAUAUAUAUAUUUUUUUUUAACAAUGGAGCGAUGAACAUAUGUAGCGUUUGAACUAAACAAUUUUUUUUUUUUUAAAUUUGUAAGAUCUGGAAUAAAAAUAAAUAAGCGAUCAACAAUGAUGUCGGAAUGCGAACCAAACGAGACCGAUCCGGUGGUGGCGGAUGACAUAGCCCCGGUAGCCGCCGCCGCCGCUGCUGCUGCUUCUACCACGGAUCUUAACUUUCGGUCACAGGAGCCACUGUCGACGUUGUUCGACAGGAACACAGUCGGGUCUGGGACAAACCCGGGGGUCGCGAUUCGGAUCUCGGGUUCGUGUGAAAGUGUUCUUACCGAAUUGGAGACGGACGGUUCUGGGGAAGAGACUCUGUUGUUACCGUGUUUAUCCGGAGGCACGUCGUCACCUCGGGGCGAGAGGCAGAAGAGGACGAGGCGGAACCGACGGAGUUCAUCGUCGGAUAAAGAUAACCUUACCUCGCCAGGUAACAGUAGUGGAGACUUUAACCAUUUCCCCGGUGACCCAGAGUUUGGUGACAUCAUUCAGAGGGCGGAGCAGGCCAUCGAGGGCGGAGUCUUCCCAGAGAGAAUCUCUCAGGGUUCUAGCGGGAGUUACUUCGUUAAAGACUCCAAAGGGAAAAUCCUCGGUGUUUUUAAACCAAAGUCUGAAGAGCCUUACGGUCACCUCAACCCUAAAUGGACCAAAUACUUUCACAAGCUCUGCUGUCCUUGUUGUUUUGGCCGUGGCUGCCUGAUCCCCAACCAGGGCUAUCUCUCAGAGGUUGCUGCCUCCCUCGUUGAUACCAGGCUAGGACGGGUGGUCCCCAAAACCAAGGCUGUGUAUCUAGUCAGUGAGACAUUUCACUACAACACUAUCGACAGGGCCAAGUCCAGAGGGAAGAAAUACGCCCUGGAGAUGGUUCCCAAAGUGGGACGACACUUCCACAGAGUGGGCCUGCCCCCCAAGCUUGGUUCGUUCCAGCUGUUUGUGGAAGGGUACCAUGAGGCUGACUAUUGGUUGAGACGUUUUGAGGCGGAGCCUCUCCCAGAGAACAUCAGGAAACAGCUCCAGUCUCAGUUUGAGAGGCUCGUCAUUCUGGACUACGUCAUCAGAAACACAGACCGAGGGAAUGACAACUGGUUGAUCAAGUAUGAGAAGCCAGGGGAAGGAGAGGGAGAGAAGGCCAUCCAGAUAGCAGCUAUAGACAACGGUUUGGCCUUCCCCUUCAAACACCCUGACGAGUGGAGAGCCUACCCGUUCCAUUGGGCCUGUCUGCCCCAGGCUAAAGUGCCCUUCUCCCAGGAGACCAGAGAGCUGGUGCUGUCCCGUCUGUCAGACAUGAACUUCGUUCAGGACCUCUGUGAAGACCUCUACGAACUGUUUAUGGCAGAUAAAGGUUUUGACAAGACCAUGUUUGAAAGGCAGAUGUCAGUCAUGAGAGGACAGAUCUUAAACCUGAGCCAGGCGUUGAAGGACAAUAAAACUCCCAUUCAGUUGGUCCAGAUGCCCAGAGUCGUGGUGGAGAGACGGCAGACUGGAGGACAAGGGAGGGUGGUGACAUUAGGAACAGCUUUCACCCAGACCUUCCACUGCAAGAGACCGUUCUUCUCUUCCUGGUAGAGGGAGGGAUGGCUGGAGGAGCUGCUGCAGGGGUGGGUGGAGAGAUGAGGAGGGAGGGAAGAGAGGGAGCCUCCACUGCAACACAAUGCCCAGCCCUCCUGGUAGAGAGUGUGAGAGAGAGAGGGUGAGAGAGGGAGAGGGUGAGAGAGAGAAAUGAAGAGACUCUCAGAGCAUCUUUCCUCCUGGUGAGGGUGAGAGAGAGAGGGUGGUAGAGGGUGAGGGUGAGUGUGAGAGAGAGAGGGAAAUGAAGAGACUCUCAGAGCAUCUUUCCUCCUGGUAGAGGGAGGAGAGAGAGAGAGGGUGAGAGAGGGAAAUGAAGAGACUCUCAGAGCAUCUUUCCUCCAGAGGGUUUGGAGUUGGACGUCACACAUCUGGGGAAACAUCCCAAAUGGCUCCCUAUUCCCUUUAUAGUGCACUACAUUAGGUCCCGGUGAAUGGGAUUAGUGCCCUACAUUAGGUCCCGGUCAAUGGGGUUAGUGCCCUACAUUAGGUCCCGGUCAAUGGGGUUAGUGCCCUACAUUAGGUCCCGGUCAAUGGGAAUAGUGCCCUACAUUAGGUCCCGGUCAAUGGGAUUAGUGCACUACAUUAGGUCCCGGUCAAUGGGAUUAGUGCACUACAUUAGGUCCCGGUCAAUGGGAUUAGUGCACUACAUUAGGUCCCGGUCAAUGGGAUUAGUGCACUACAUUAGGUCCCG